AUGACCAGGUAUGAAGGUGCGCAAUACGCACAUUCUGAUCUACCAGCUUGUCCACAAUAUCCCGCAUUUAAUAGCACGUCGAUCGAGAGAGGGGAGCUGGAGAAAGAGGUCCAGGAUGUUGUUGACAGCAGUGGAUUCUUUGACAAGAGCCUAAAAAGGCUACAGGGAGCAGUCCAGAUUCCUACUGAGAGCUUUGAUGAUAUGGGAGAAGUUGGAGAGGAUUCGAGAUGGGACAUCUUUAAGGACUUCCAUGCAUAUUUGGAACAGACGUUCCCUCUUGUAUACUCCAAGCUUAACGUCACAACUAUCAAUACCUAUGGCUUGCUCAUAGAGUGGAAGGGCAAAGAUGAAUCCUUGAAGCCGCACCUAUUCAUGGCGCACCAGGAUGUGGUUCCUGUUCUUCCUGCUACUGCAGACAAGUGGAAGUAUCCUCCAUAUUCGGCGCACUACGAUGGCAAGUUCGUAUGGGGCCGUGGGGUAGCAGAUUGCAAGAACAAUCUUAUUGGAAUUUUGGAGUCGUUCGAGACUUUGCUCGAGAAAGACUUCAUUCCCGAGAGGACUAUAAUGGCAGGUUUUGGAUUUGAUGAGGAAAUAUCUGGAUGGCACGGUGCAAAACAUAUUGCAGACUAUCUUUUGCAAAUUCUAGGGAAGGAUUCGAUUGAACUCAUAAUUGAUGAAGGCGGGUUGGGAAUCCAGGAGAUGUAUGGGGCUAUGUUCGCUUUGCCUGGGUUGGGCGAGAAGGGUUACUUUGAUGUCAAGGUCACUGUUGAAACAGCUGGAGGACAUUCAUCUGUUCCACCAGAUCAUUCUAGUAUUGGAAUUCUGUCUCGGAUUGUCACCGCCAUCGAAGAUCACCCGUAUCAACCCGACUUAACCCCCGCCAAUCCCUACUUUACUACUCUCCAAUGCGGUGCAGAAUAUGGCCCAGAAAUGAGCUCCUGGCUACGCAAAACCAUCAAAAAAGCACUCAAGAGCAAGAAAGCGGCCAAAAAGGUAGCCAACUACCUCGCGGACAAAGACGUUUUCAACCGCUAUCUCAUGCAAACCUCUCAAGCAGUCGACAUUGUCUCAGGAGGCAUAAAGAUCAACGCCCUCCCGGAGAAAGUCUACGCCGUAAUCAACCACCGCAUCGCAGUCGAAAGCCACGUCUCCGCCGUCCGGAACAACAUCCAAUCCCUCAUAGGCUCGCAAAUCCUCCCCGAAUUCCCCAUGUCCCUCAACGCGUGGGGAGACAUCUCCGGCAACACCUCCACUUCCUCCCUAGGCCAGAUAACCCUCUCGAAUUUCGACGAACCUCUCAACCCCUCGCCCACCAGUCCUUACGAUACCGAUGCGUACAAGAUGCUAAGUGGCACGAUCAAACAGGUUUUCGGUGAGGACAUAGUUGUGGCGCCGAGUGUGAUGACGGGCAAUACGGACACGAAGUUCUACUGGGACCUAAGCAGGAACAUUUAUCGCUUUACGCCGUCGAGGAUUGAGGGCAGGGAGAGCGUGCAUACAGUGGAUGAGAAAUUGGGUAUGAAGGAGCAUAUCGAGGCCGUGAAGUUUUAUACGCAGAUGAUGCUUAACGCGAAUAGAUCAUAA